AUGGGCCUUGUAGGGCCUAGAUCUGGGCCGAGCGCCGCCGCCAGGACGAGCCACAGCGCCACCCCGCCGCCAACGACGGCGCCGCCGCCCAGCCGCCCGCCUGCUCUGCGACAGGGAACCCCGCCGCCAGCUGGACCGCCGCCGCCUAGGAGCACCCCCUGGUGCAACUCCGCCCCGCGCCGGAGCCACCGGAAAGGGAAGGGCAGGAAGGCCGCCGCCACCAGCGACCCCGGGGCCAGGCCGGCCGCGGGCGCCAGCAACGGCGGCGGGGAGGAAGGGGAGAGGGGGGCUGGAGGCGGGAGAGAGAGGUGCGCGGCCGGCCGCCCGCGGGGCGGGGGGGGGGGGGGGGGGGGGGGGGGGGGGGGGGGGGGGGGGGGGGGGGGGGGGGGGGGGGGGGGGGGGGGGGGGGGGGGGGGGGGGGGGGGGGGGGGGGGGGGGGGGGGGGGGGGGGGGGGGGGGGGGGGGGGGGGGGGGGGGGGGGGGGGGGGGGGGGGGGGGGGGGGGGGGGGGGGGGGGGGGGGGGGGGGGGGGGGGGGGGGGGGGGGGGGGGGGGGGGGGGGGGGGGGGGGGGGGGGGGGGGGGGGGGGGGGGGGGGGGGGGGGGGGGGGGGGGGGGGGGGGGGGGGGGGGGGGGGGGGGGGGGGGGGGGGGGGGGGGGGGGGGGGGGGGGGGGGGGGGGGGGGGGGGGGGGGGGGGGGGGGGGGGGGGGGGGGGGGGGGGGGGGGGGGGGGGGGGGGGGGGGGGGGGGGGGGGGGGGGGGGGGGGGGGGGGGGGGGGGGGGGGGGGGGGGGGGGGGGGGGGGGGGGGGGGGGGGGGGGGGGGGGGGGGGGGGGGGGGGGGGGGGGGGGGGGGGGGGGGGGGGACGCGAUCGCGAGAGCGAGGAGGGGGGCGGUUCCAGUCUAUGUCCUUUCACUGA